AUGCCUUUUCCAGGCCGUAUUACGCCUUUUCCAGGCCGUAUGACGCCUUUUCCAGGCGGUAUUACGCCUUUUCCAAGCCGUAUGACGCCUUUUCCAGGCGGUAUUACGCCUUUUCCAAGCCGUAUGACGCCUUUUCCAGGCCGUAUUACGGCUUUUCCAGGCCGUAUCAUGCCUUUUCCAGGCCGUAUUACGGCUUUUCCAGGCCGUAUCAUGCCUUUUCCAGGCCGUAUCACGCCUUUUCCAGGCCGUAUCACGCCUUUUCCAGGCCGUAUUACGCCUUUUCCAAGCCGUAUGACGCCUUUUCCAGGCGGUAUUACGCCUUUUCCAAGCCGUAUGACGCCUUUUCCAGGCGGUAUUACGCCUUUUCCAAGCCGUAUGACGCCUUUUCCAGGCCUCAUCACGUCUUUUCCAGGCCUCAUCACGUCUUUUCCAGGCCUCAUCACGUCUUUUCCAGGCCUAAUCACGUCUUUUCCAGGCCGUAUUACGCCUUUUCCAAGCCGUAUGACGCCUUUUCCAAGCCGUAUCACGCCUUUUCCAGGCCGUGUCACGCCUUUUCCAGGCCGUAUCACGCCUUUUCCAGGCAGUAUCAUGCCUUCUCCAGGCAGUAUCAUGCCUUUUCCAGGCCUCAUCACGCCUUUUCCAUAA